ACUCUCCCUAUCUCUAUUUCAUAAUGGAUUCUACAAACCCAAACAAUGAAGCCAAUAGUUCAACUCCCCCAACACAAAUCGAAAACACAUUCAAGCUAAACCCAAAUGCACAAGAGUGGACUCGAGUAAAGCAAGAGGAUAGGUGUCUCUUCCUAACACUUUCAAAACAUAACACAUCAACCACAACAAGAGAUAUACAUACCUACUUUACCAAAACAUAUGGUGACUGCCUGCAAUCAAUUGUGAUGUUUGGAGGUCAAGAUUCACCACUUUGUGCUAAAGUGCUUUUCAAGUCUUCAAUUAUACCAAUGAUGUUUUUGGACAGAUCAAAUGAAGUUUAUAUACACAUUAAAGGACAGAGAGUGUUGUGCAAGAAGUAUGAUCCAAAGAAGAAACAACACCAUUAAGAAUCGAUCCAGAAUAUGGAAUAAAAAUUUAAGAAAUAAAUGAAGAUGGAAAAAUAAUUAAUAAUAGUGACAUCAAUGAGGGUUCAGGGUUGGAUCUAGCUAGUUAUAUAUCUUUUAAUAUUGUGAUGUUCUUAAAAUGUAUUUCAGACUUUUCCUUCAAGGAUGUUUGAAUUGGAAUAUCUCUUUU